UUGAGGGUGUGGGACCUUGCGAGCAUGACGCAGAAGGCUUGUCUUAAGGGUGAUGGUGGUCCGAUCAACAGCGUGUCAAUCAGCGGGGACGGCAAGACGGCUGUCAGCGGGAGCUGGUCUAGAACCUUGAGUGUGUGGGACCUUGGGAGCAUGACGCAGAAGGCUCGUCUUGAAGAUAACAGUGAGUGCGCAUGGAGCGUGGCAAUCAGCGAGGACGGCAAGACGGCUGUCAGCGGGAGUGACGAUAAGACGCUGAGGGUGUGGGACCUUGGGAGCAUGACGCAGAAGGCUCGUCUUGAGGGUCAUAGUAAAGCGGUAGGGAUCGUGGCGAUCAGCGGGGACGGCAAGACGGCUGUCAGCGGGAGUAACGAUGAGACGAUGAGGGUGUGGGACCUUGUGAGCAUGAAGCAGAAGGCUUGUCUUGAGGGUCAUAGUGGUUGGGUGACGAGCGUGGCAAUCAGCGAGGACGGCAAGACGGCUGUCAGCGGGAGUGGGAUGAGUACCUUGAGGGUGUGGGACCUU